AGGAGAAGCAGUUCACCGUCUACCUCCUUCAUCUCUCUCUGUCUCUCACACUCAUGACUACACAUCUCUCCAUCUUCACACACACACUGGAAGUCGACCAGCCGCCACUGAGCCUGACAAGAAGAGCUCCCAGUGACAUUAUCCAUCACCUUUGGAUGUUUGCCCUGCCUGCCUCCAGGAUUCCAGGACACUGUCUGCUCAUGAAAAUCUGUGUUUUAAUGACCCGCGGAUGAGGCGUCUACCUUCAGAUGUGCCGUUUGAUUGGACCGCCUUGACUUUCUUUGCUGAGGAAGCAUUCAGUGCCGGCACACAGAAGCUGCUGGGAAUUUUGGGAUCGUUUUCCUCUCCCUGUUUUUACCCUUUUGCCGGCAUUUGAAGAGUGCCAGUGGAUGGCUCUUUUUAUUUAUUUUUUCAAUGUUUGAAUUGUUUGGUUCCUGCCCGCUGGAGAACAGUGCUUACCUCGGGAUUUGUAGUCAAGGGAAGGGGGUAUGAUAAACAGCUGUGUGGGGGGGAGGACGGGUUACACUGCACCACUAGACGGGCAUCUCUUGUCCUACAUUGGGGAAUUUUUUUUCUGCCUCUCGAGGUUGCACACAUGCACAUAUUUCACCCCCAGCAGCAGCAGCAGUGGCCGGCUGCGUUUUACAUGCACCGAUGGAUUACUGCUACUUUAAGGACAGGCUCACUGCCCACUGAGGGAGAAAAGAUGCUGAUAUAGAAGAACAGGGGCAUGCUUUGUUUUUGGAGCUGCAACUUCAGGGUUAAAACAAAUAAAGAGACUUGGAUGACAGGAUGAUGGCUGCGUUGAGCUGAAACUGCCCCCUUCUCCUCCCUCCCUCUUCUCCAGUCCAAACAUGAACUCUUCCUCUGAUGCGAACCAAAGCGGCUCUCCCUCGUUCUGCCUGCUGGGCUCCAUGGGUUACUCCCACAGCAUGGAUACCUGCGUGCUGGAGGUGGUUGUCAUCCUCUUCCUCACUGUGCUCAUCAUCGCUGGCAACCUGGUGGUGAUCUUUGUCUUCCAUUGUGCCCCGCUGCUGCACCACCACACCACCAGCCACUUUAUCCAAACCAUGGCGUACGCUGAUCUGCUGGUGGGCGUCAGCUGCCUCGUGCCCUCGAUGUCCCUCCUCCACUACCUUCGAGGCCUGAAUGAGGAGCUCACCUGCAAGGGAUUCGGCUACAUGGUUUCUGUGCUGAAGAGUGUUUCCAUGGCCUCGCUAGCUUGCAUCAGCGUGGACCGCUACAUCGCCAUCACACGACCGCUGUCGUACACCACGCUGGUCACCCCAUGCCGCCUGAGGGUGUGCAUCGUGCUCAUUUGGGUUUACUCUGCUUUGAUUUUCCUGCCGUCGUUUUUCCGCUGGGGGAAACCAGGUUAUCAUGGGGACAUAUUUAAGUGGUGCGCACUCUCUUGGAAAACCAACCCGGCAUUUAGCACCUUCAUUGUGGCGCUGCUCUACGCACCAGCUGCACUUACUGUCUGCUUCACCUAUGGGAGUAUAUUCCGGAUCUGCCGGCAGCAUACAAGGGAGAUCUCCCAACGCCAAGCCCGCUUCAGCCCGCAGACCGAGGGUGAUAAAGGUGAGCGGGGAGAGCGUUGCGAAGGCUGCCCGGACAAACGCUAUGCCAUGGUGCUCUUCCGCAUCACCAGUGUCUUCUAUGUGCUGUGGAUGCCGUACAUCCUCUACUUCCUCCUAGAGAGCGCCGGCCUAUAUCACCACGAGGUGGCGUCCUUCCUCACAACAUGGCUGGCAAUCAGCAACAGCUUCUGUAAUUGUCUCAUCUACAGCCUCUCCAACAGCGUCUUCCGUAAAGGUCUCGGCCGCCUCUUUAGCCCACUGUUUCCUUCCUGCCAUGGCUGCACGGAGGCCAAAAAGGCUCCAGCCCCCGUCAGCCUGAGACCAGAUCCCCGAUGCCAAGUGUGAGCUCUGAUGAGCUUUGACUAGGAUGGAUUCGCUCCGGUCGCUUUGGAGGCAUCGGCCCCCCUGUGUGUGCUUUGCUCUCUACUGCGUAGCAUGACACAGGUCUUUUUGGUCCUGCGGUGAGCACAGGGAGGCACUUGUGCAGAAGCUUUCUGGCCGUUUUAAGAGGAUGAUUUUUGUGGAAAAAGGAGGCUGUGUCAUUCCUGCUGGGACUUUCUCAAAUUCUCUCUGUGUGAUGCUGCUCUUUCAUGGCUGCAGGCUGAUGACACAGAGAUAAUAAGUUUGAUACUGAUGAAGAAAGUUCAGAGGAUUUGAUAAACAUGCCUCACUGCACUGAUUUAAUGACUCCCAAAUGCAAAAAAGUAUAGCACAGUGUGAGCUGGGCUGCCCAAUCCACUGAGAUGCAAAAAAUAAUUUAUUAAUCUUUUCAAGCCUGACUGUAAAUCUGUAAUUUGUCUUGGUUCUUUCAGGGUGGAAGUAUGUGUUGCAAAAAAUGUUAAAACACUUGAAGCAGACUUCUGAUCUGUUUCCUUUGGGGAACUCCAGACGCCAACGAGUGUAGGAAAAAUCAUUCACCUUAAAAUCGUCACUUCAUCGGCUCGUGUGUGGGUUCAAAAUGCACAACAGAUGGACUUAUUUCCCAGAGAUUAAGAAGAUUUAGGAGCUUGUGUGUGUUUUAUCAAGAGGAUUUUUCUCUCGGGUGUUAGUGAGAAGCUCAAAAUCUGAAAACGCAUCGGAUUUCACAUGAAAAAGUUAGCAUUACUUUUUAAACAUGGCCUGGAAAGUUUUUCUGCCAGCAGACAAGAAUCCUUGUUAAAGAAACAAUAGAUGAUAUGAUUUAUUCUUGUGUUUCAUCCUCAGGUUUAUCAGCGGUUCUUUUUGUAAGCCUCUGUGCUGUCUGCCUUUGAUCUCAGCUGACAGAGUACAGGUCUUUUAAAUCAAAAGGCACAUUGUAAGCAAGAGGGAUAUCACCCAGCUUUACGAGCCCGACCUCGCCGUGUCAGGGGUCAAAGCCUGUUUCUGAGAGCCAAUGAGUGUGUUUCUAUUUUUUCUGUUUUUUGUUCUUUGGUUUCAUGUAAAUACACGUAGAGUAUCAAUAUUUAAACAAUGGCUAACUUCGGGGGUUUUAUUGAUUUAUUGUAGACCUGCGGGAUACCAGAUGAUCUUGUGGAUCAGUAGAAGCUUUUUAAGAUUAUUUAUUUGCCACAGAGGUCUGACAUGCUGCACCUCCGGAUUGGAGCCAUUUAAAAAAAAAAAUUUAGUGUUGAGUAGAAGGAAAAGCAUUUCUUAGUAUGCUGCGUUUAAAAGCUCGCAGGACUUGUUUUUAAAGUCACAAUGAAAUUUCUGAAAGCAUCUUGACAAUUUGACUUUAUUGUAGUUGGACAAAGAAGAGGGAAUGGGAUAGGUUUAAUAAUGAUAGGACGGUGCCGGUAAUUUACCCAUUUACCACGUGUUUGCUAUUUGCCAGUGACUAUUAAACAACAGAAGUAGAAGGAUGGGUUGGGUGUCACAGUGACUUGCACAAGUAGGAUGGAUAUGCAAAGUGGAAGGUGACUGCAGUCUUCAAAAAUUUUUAAAGAAUAAACAAAAACUCAUCGAUGGUCUUGAUGAACAUUUGCACAGAAUUCUGGGAACCUGUUCCUUUACUUGUCAGUCAUUUCAGAGCAGGUGAGUGGGUGGGUGAUCUUUGGAGAACAGCUGAAUGUGGAAGUGUUGUUGUAAAGUCAUUUUGCUUCAUAUGCCACCCCUAGAUGGCAAAAAACAAACAAAAAAACAUUACAAGUAUUUCAUGCAUAAGAGUAUUAGACCAGAAGCCACACACGUUUACUUACUGUCUUUCUGGGAUUUAGCUGGUUUGUUCUCAAAGGUAGAAUCAAAGUUUUUUUUUAACAUAUGCAUUUAAAAGAAAUGUAUGUUUUCAUGAAAAUUGCUUGCAAAACUGAAUGAAAAUCCAAACUGCACUGGCUGUACUCUGUUAUAGUUCGUAGAGGGUUUUUUAAAAUUAAUUUAUUGGCUCAUUUAGAAGAGCUCACAUUAAUAAACAGAGCUUUAAAUGAGCCAAAAUGAGGCUGUGCCAUGUACUGCAGUCUUUGUCAAUGAGAAACUACACGAGUGUUCAAACAAGCUAGCCACAGUUUGUAUUAGCAAGUGCUUUUACUGUGUUUAUUUGAAUAGUGUCCGGUGCCGUUAAUAACCUCAGAUGCUGAACGAAACAGGCCUUUUAUUUAAAGCAAGCACAAAGAAAGCCAAGCUUUUAUUUCUCUUUUUCUCCAGCAUAAGUGAUGGUUUUCAGGUAACAACUGUUUCAACUGAAAUACAACGUUGCCUUAAGCUAAUAGGAAGUAAUAACUCUCUUAUUGGGCAGAAGUGUGAAAUCAUAUUGAGCUUUUCCUCUUUUUAUAAUGCACACAUUUGUGUAAAUGUGAAUGGUUGUCAAACCCAGUAUCCACCCCACCAACAGUAUAUGAACCAAAACCUUAAAUAUGAUAGAGAAUAAAUCAUAACAUACAUAUAACACCUGGGGAUACUUUAAUUUGAAAUAGUUACAAUAAAAGUCUGUCCAUUUCUUAACAAGCCUUUUACUUUGAAAUAUUUGCAGUUAUACUCGAGCAGUAACCCCACAAACCUAAAACAUGAAGUCACAUUCCUGUAAUGGCUCAUUGUAAAUUUGAAACAGUAACGAGAAUAACACCAUCGACAGAAUGCAAAAUGGUUUCCUGGACACAUUUGUUUCAUGUAAUUUGUACCACAAGAUCCUUUCUUGAGCGAAUCGGACCACAAAUAGAAGCUAAAGCAUUUGAAAGCUUCUGAAAGAUUCUUGUCACGAACAUCAACAGCUGUCAGAUAGAAACUGUGCUAAUGCAAAGAAAAGAAAUCAAAAUAGCACCAAAAAAAUAAAAUGUAAAAGUAGCUUUCACUGCUGGAGACGGUUCUUAAAGUAAAGGAGAAAUGAUGAUGCUGAAUUGGAAAACUGUCUGAGAUACUGGAACGAUCCAAGCUGUUAAUGCUAAUGUUUGCCAGUUGCUAAUUUUGUAAUAUGGUUGCAAAAAAGGUUGUUAAACAUGGCUCCGGGCACGAAAUUUCACUUGAUCCAGAGAUGCUACAUAGCUGCUCUCCACCUCUGUGCACAGGGGAGCAAGGAGUUUAUUUCUCACUUUCAACUCAAAGAUAAAGACCUUAAUAGUUAGAGCACACCGAGUCACGAUUAUCAAUGUUCACAUAAAGCACUGGAUUAUUUAGCCUGCUGUGAUUACUUACUGGUCACAGGUGGUUUUAA